AGAGAAGAAGAACCACAACAACAUUAAACAAAUAGCUGGAAAACAUUUUCGCUCCCUCACAGAAGGUCCAGCUGGUGAACGCAGCGUGAAUACAGCUCCUCUGAUUCACGACUUAAACUCGGCACGAUGUCGUUUCCUUCCACUUUCGGCUCACAGGUCGCCGUCGUCAUGGACGUGCUCGCCAAAGCUGCGGUGGCCGAAAUCACGAAGCUGGUGGAGGAGGGGACGGUGGUCCUGCGCCUGGAGAUGUGUCGGAAGGACAACGAGAUCCAGGAGCUGCAGAGAAGUUUGAAGAUGAUGGAGGUCGAACUCUGUCAAGCUCAGGGAGCAGCUGAGAGCCGAGCUGCAGAAGAGAAGCAGGAGCAGAUAACUGUGGGCACCCAGUUCUCCUCGAAAGAUGCAAAAGAAGAGAUGCAAAGGUGUGCCAGGUACCUGCGACCACAGCCUGAGCACUCGGAAGACGACGAUGGCGCGAGGCUCACGGUGAAACACGAGCCGGCAGAGAAACGAACAGUCCGGGAAACAACAGACGACACUGCAACUGCAGCGGCGGAUGUUUGCUCAGCCGAGCGAGACGAGACGAUCUGGCCUUCGGCUUCUUGUAGCAUGUUUGAGAAAAGCCCGGUAACAAUGCAGCAGCACGUGCAGAUGUUCCCAUCCUACAGUGAGCAGUUUUCCACUCACGGAGAUGCAGAAUAUUCCUAUAACUCUCCACCAGCUGCAGAAGAGGAAGGUGCAGAUGAUGCAUUUAGCGUGCCGAUAAAAAUAGAGGUAGACAUUCAGCCAAGCUGCAUGGGAAGUUCUUUUUCAGAGUCUUUUCAUGAUGAACCAUUGAGCCAUGUGUCACACCCUGUAGUCAGUGAGAACAGAUAUCUGCAGUCCGACCCCCAACAGGCCAGGCUAUCGCCAAACGUGCCUCACGUGCAGAGGCCCAGCGCGGACACUCACGAUCGCAUCCACAGUAUGAGCAACCUGCGCGUGAAGCGGUUCAUAAAUGUGUGGAGAGCAAAUCCGAAACUCUUCACCUGCUCUUCUUGCAACAAGAGUUUCCCUCGCUUGUCUCAGCUGGAGGAGCACAAGGCAACUCACCAAACCUUCAAACCCUUUAGGUGCCUCGAGUGCGGCAAGUCUUUCACCCAGAAGACGCGGCUGAAGUCGCACCAAAGCGUGCACACGGGGGAGAGGCCUUUUAGUUGCAAAAUCUGCGGCAAGAUGUUCUCGAGGCAGGACAACUGCAUGAGGCACGAACGCUUCCACAGCGGCCUGAAGCCAUACAGCUGUGGGCAGUGUGGUAAGAGCUUCACAGUGCUUGCUAACCUCAGAAUGCAUCAAGAUAUUCAUCUGCAAGGAAGGUAACUCUCAGUGACUUUCUAUAAAGACUUGAAGGGGUUUUCCGCCUCAAUUAUAUAUUUUUGUCUUGCCAGUGUGCUUGAAGAGUUGUCAUGCAUAUGAACUUCCCGGCUUUUUGUUUUGGCAGCUGAUCUUGGUAGGUGGUUGUUGGCUUAAUACUAAUUUCACUCCUUUUUCAGCUCUGAGGACACAAACACUAUGUACACACAUGUCACCUGAGCUCCACAGUGCUGUUAAACCAGAAACACUGUAGCCGCACCUCAUUCUUUUAUAAAGUCUAAAUUCUUUACCCGGUGGAUACUAAUAAAACAAACUAAAUAAGGGAG